UUCCUGAAAAUGUCACAUUAAACCCGCUUGAACCCUUAAACGCUAACAACAUAGACUCACUAUCACUGUCAAUCCUGAACUGAACAGCUCAGAGAGAGAGAGAGAGAGCGAGCGAGCGUGAAGAUGGGAGGGGUGAAGAGGGUAAUAAAGAAGGGGUUAGGGGAGAUGGGGUUCAACGCCGGGGGCGGAGUCAUAAACUGGUUCCCGGGCCACAUGGCGGCGGCCACUCGGGCCAUCAGGGAGCGGCUGAAGGUGGCGGACCUCGUCGUUGAAGUACGCGACGCCCGCAUUCCCUUGUCCUCCGCCAACCAGGACCUCCUCCCCCUCCUCUCCUCCAAACGCCGCAUCCUUGCCCUCAACAAGAAAGACCUGGCCAACGCCAACAUCAUGCAUAAAUGGAUUCAUUAUUUCGAUUCGUGCAAGCAAGACUGCAUUUCUAUAAAUGCGCAUAGCAAGAGCUCUGUUAAGAAGCUUCUUGAGCUUGUGGAGUUCAAACUAAAGGAAGUGAUUUCAAGGGAACCUACUCUCCUUGUUAUGGUGGUUGGUGUUCCUAAUGUUGGGAAGUCUGCUUUAAUUAAUUCAAUCCAUCAAAUUGCGUUGUCACAAUUUCCUGUGAACCAAAAGAUGAAGCGAGCUACAGUGGGUCCAUUGCCUGGUGUUACCCAAGAUAUUGCUGGAUACAAGAUUGCACAUCAUCCUAGCAUCUAUGUCCUAGACACUCCAGGUGUAUUGGUUCCAAGUAUCCCUGACAUAGAGACAGGACUAAAGCUAGCUCUUGCAGGGUCUGUAAAAGAUUCAGUGGUAGGUGAAGAUCGUAUUGCUCAGUACUUGCUGGCAGUUUUAAAUACUCGGGGGACUCCCCUUCAUUGGAAGCACUUGAACAAGAGAAGAUUGGAAGGGAUUCGAUUUGAUUCUGAGGAAAAACACGAGUAUAAAAGUAAGGAUCUUCGGCCAAAAAGGAGGAAACUACCAAAUAACUCCGAUAUGAUUUACGUUGAGGAUCUUGUAACAGAAGUCCAAUGUGCUUUGUAUUUGACUCUGUCAGAAUUCACUGGUAAUAUGGAAGAUGAGGGUGACUUGGAGUGUCUUAUAGAGAAGCAGUUUGAAGCACUACAGAAGGCAUUUAAGAUACCUCAUGUGGCCUCCCAAGCUCGUCUAAUGAUAUCAAAAAAGUUUCUUACUUUAUUUAGGGCAGGUAAACUUGGUACUUUUAUCCUUGAUGAUGUCCCUGAUGUCAAUUCUAUAUCAUGAGUUCUCUUCAAGUUUCCCUAGGGCAUUUUAUCCCCUUCACAUGUAAUCUUUCAAUUGUAUAUGCUGGUCCUUUUCUCUCGCA